ACACACACGCUCUCACACACACACUCUCACACACACUCGCGCUCCUUCCCCCCUUCCCUGAGGAACAUUUUGGUUCUUUGCUUCAAAUGUCUUUGCUUUAAUGGGAAUAAAACAUGUUUAUAUUCUGAGCAAUACUGCAAGUUUCCAACUCUGGGAGAAACCGACAGAACCGACAGAAUCAACAGAACCGACAGAACCGACAGAACCAACAGAACCGACAGAACCGACAGAAGCAACAGAACCAACAGAACCUACAGAACCGACAGAACCUCAUUUACAUGCAUUUUUUGCAGGAUAAUCAGAGACUGGCUGUAAACUGUAACUAAAGAGCUGCUGUGUGACGCCUCACAUCAACGUCACGAUCUUCAAGGAUCUGAAAAGUAAAUUAUUUUUAAAAAAACCCUCAAAAGUGUGCGAAGCUGCUGUCUACGUGGACCGGAGCUGAAGUCUCGCGCCUCACGGCCAAGAGGAGCUUGAGCUCAGCCAAAUCCAGAGAAAUGGCGACAAAUGGCUCUAAAACCGCUGCGUUGGAUGGACUUGUGGCGAUGGAGCUGAAUGAGGUCACAACCCAUGACAGGGUCAAACCAGAGGAGGUACAGGAGAAGCACAACGAUAAGAAGAAGAAGAAGAAUAUUCCUGAAAGGGAAAUGUGGGCGGGAAAGUUCGACUUCCUGCUGUCUUGCGUAGGAUACGCCAUCGGGCUGGGAAACGUGUGGAGGUUCCCAUACCUGUGUGGGAAAAAUGGUGGAGGCGCCUUCCUGAUUCCUUAUUUUCUGACCCUCAUAUUUGCUGGAAUGCCCUUGUUUCUCCUGGAGUGUGCUCUGGGUCAGUACACGUCCAUCGGUGGACUUGGUGUGUGGAAGCUGGCACCGAUGUUCAAAGGAGUUGGUCUGGCUGCCGCCGUGCUCUCCUUCUGGCUGAACAUUUACUACAUUGUGAUCAUUGCUUGGGCUUUGUACUACCUGUACAACUCCUUCACCACCGAGCUUCCAUGGAAAUCCUGUAACAAUCCAUGGAACACAGAGAGAUGCUUCACAAACUACAGCAUUGUAGACUCCACCAACCUGACCAGCGCCGUCAUGGAGUUCUGGGAACGCAACGUACACAACAUCACUGAGGGUUUGGAGAAACCGGGACAGAUCCGCAUGCCGCUAGCGAUAACACUGGCCAUCGCUUGGGUCCUCGUCUACUUCUGUAUCUGGAAAGGUGUUCGCUGGACUGGAAAGGUUGUGUAUUUCUCGGCCACGUAUCCCUACUUCAUGUUAUUUAUUCUGUUCAUCCGUGGAGUCACGCUUCCUGGAGCCAAAGAGGGAAUUCUGUUCUACAUCACGCCUGAUUUUGAGAAGCUUAAAGAGUCUGAGGUCUGGCUGGAUGCUGCGACUCAGAUCUUUUUCUCGUACGGUUUGGGGCUCGGAUCUCUGAUCGCGCUCGGCAGCUACAACACUUUCAACAACAACGUUUACAGAGACUCUGUCAUCGUGUGCCUUAUAAACUCAUCCACAAGUAUGUUUGCUGGAUUUGUCAUUUUCUCUAUCGUGGGUUUUAUGGCUCAUGUGACUAAGAGGUCGAUAGCUGAUGUAGCUGCUUCAGGUCCAGGCUUGGCGUUUUUAGCGUAUCCCGAAGCUGUGACACAGUUACCCAUCUCCCCACUGUGGGCCAUCCUCUUCUUCUCCAUGCUGCUCAUGCUGGGAAUCGACAGCCAGUUCUGUACAGUAGAAGGCUUCAUCACCGCUCUGGUGGACGAGUUCCCGGGGCUCCUGAGGAAAAGACGAGAGAUUUUCAUCGCAUGUGUGUGUGUCGUGUCCUAUAUAAUUGGCCUCUCCAACAUCACACAGGGCGGCCUUUACGUCUUCAAACUCUUUGAUUAUUACUCUGCCAGUGGCAUGUCUCUGCUCUUCCUGGUUUUCUUCGAGUGCAUCUCCAUCUCCUGGUGUUAUGGUGUGAAUAAAUUCUACAGUAACAUCGAGGAGAUGAUCGGAUAUAAACCCUGCAUAUGGUGGAAGAUCUGCUGGGUGUUUUUCACUCCUCUGGUUGUUGCAGGGGUGUUUCUCUUCAGCGCCUUUCAAAUGGUUCCUCUCAAAAUGAAUAACUAUGUGUUCCCAGCGUGGGGUCAGGGGGUCGGCUGGCUCAUGGCGCUCUCCUCCAUGAUCCUCAUUCCAGGAUACAUGGCUUACAAGUUCCUCUCCACCAGGGGAAGAUCUAAAGAGAAAGUGAAGAAUCAGGAGAACAGACCUGAGCAGCAGCUGCAGGGUGAAAACACCAUCACUGUGUACCCCAGCAACGCACACGGCCCCAACGCGGGGCAAUCACCAAGCGCAUAAACACCACCAACCCCCAGCAAUCACUGAGCAACAGCACACAGGACUUCCAUCUUUCUACCGUAAUAGAGUCAUCUACCUCCAGGGGCCAAUCACCAUCCACUACAACAA